AUGUCCACAUUAAACAGUACUCCAAAACUUUGUCAUCGUUGUACCAAAGAUCGUCUUACAUCUGCAUGUGAUGGAUGUCAUGUAUCAUUCUGUGUCAAACAUCUGACUGAACAUCAACAAGAACUUUAUCAAACAAUCGACAAUAUUAGUGAAGAAAAUGACUCGCUCAAACGAGAACUAAGUCAACGAGGUAUUGAAAAGAUAUUACUAGAGCAAAUCGAUACCUGGGAAAAAGAAACGAUUAACAAGAUUCGAUCUACGGCAAAAACAGCUCGAACGGACAUAAAACAAUUAACUGAAGAAUCAACAAAUCGAUUGAUUAGUAUCAUGAAUAAACUUUCGAAUGAACUUCAUAAAAAUCAAAAAGACCAUCAAUAUAUAGAAGAUAAUCUGAACCGAUGGACAAAACAAAUUGAAGAAUUGAAAAAGGAGCUGCAAAUACCACCCAAUAUUGAGUCAUUUCUGGAAGAUGACUCAACAAUUGUUCGUCUAAUAAAGAUAAAAAGCUCAGAAAAGAUAGAACCAAAUCAAACGGAUCCAUCUCCUCAAACUGAAAGUCGUCUUGAGAACAGAUCAAGCAAAAUAGCUCCAUCUAGCACAUCACCGUCAGAUAGUUCUGCUGCAUUAAAUAAAUCCGAAUCAAUAGCUAAUGUGAAUAUAUCAUCAUCUCAAUCCAGCUUUUAUCCGUCUCUAACAUUUGGAUUUAAUCAAUCUAGUAAUCAAGUUAUACAGCAGUUAUUCGAAUAUCUCAUGCGACUUGAUCCUAUGAAUAAAAAUGGACCGAUGAGUGGUCCAUGCGGUCAUCAAACUGAUCAAAUGGAAAAGUUUCUUUCCCAAACAUUCGGUUUCCGAAACAUACCUGGAGAAUAUAUUGUUCAAGGUGUAAGAUCAUUUAAAUUGGAUAACAGUGUGAGUUCUCUGAAACCAGAAACAGAAAUUCGCUUUCCUUCUAACACCACCAAUUCAUUUGCCAUGUCUGUACAAGAAAUCAUGAAUUGGCAACGUUCAUAUAGAGUUUAUGCUGAUAACAAUAUUAGAGGUAUGAACAAAGAAUUUCUUAAGCGUGCUCUACAAGGAAAGAGUGAAGAUGGUGAAGAAGCCUUUCGUAUGAAAUUUGUUGUACGGAUUUCAACAUGUCCAAUCUUGAUGGAAUUCGACGCUAAAAUUAUACGUCGUAACUUAAAUGAAAAUUGGCCUAACCGAAUAAAACUUGUUUCAGUGACAGGUAUUGAUUUUGCCGGUCGAAAACAUGAUGUAGGCGACAUUCUUUACUAUGUAUCGAAUUGGAGAGAAAUUUAUGAGAUGAGUCAUAUAAAAGAUGAACCAGCAUUACUUAACGAAAGGGAUUUUCGUCUAAAGAAAUUAUGUCCAGCAGGUGAACUACAUCAAAAGCGUCUUCUGAACGAUUUAAUACAUAUGGCUAGGUUACGAUUACGAGCAUGCGAUGCAGAAGGUGUUCAAAUUGUUGUUGAAACAGGUAUUGGACUUGGUGUAUUUGCUGGUGAACAUAUUGGAGUCGAUGAAACAGUACGAAUAACCGCUGCAAUAGCCAUUCGAGCAGUACUUGAACAAGAUGGAUCUAGUUAUAAAAAUAUCCGUGGAAUCGUAUUUGCUCUACCAAUUAUCGAUGUAGAGAAAAAUAGCACAAGCAUUCGUGACACUUUUAGUGAGUUUGUUGAACAUUUCCAGGAACCACCAUAUAAUAGUCCUAUACCUGUAAUGAUUGCUGAUCAAGAUAUGCAUCGAUUAACUGUAGCUAUUGCUCGUCAGGGUUUUAUUGUUUCUGAACUAAAUCCUGCUGAUUCACAUGGUGUCUUUGGCGAAUAUUGGCAAAAUCGAGGACCAGCUGUAGAAGAAAAAUUAGCUUUGACAACAGUUGGUUUACUCGUACAACAUCAUCUCAUCAAUCCACAUGUGCUCAACACAAAUAACUAUUAUUUCAUAUAA